UUUUGACACCUACAGGAAAGGCUGCACUAACGUCAAGCUAAACAGCACAUGCUGAUAUGAUUAUUGCAUUUAUUUUAUUGCAUGUCUCAGUCAUUCAGUGAGUAUAUCAUUAUGUAAACGUGCUAUUUGGUUUCAUAUCCGCGUGUUCUGCAUUCAUAAAUGGGGGUGUAACGCGAGCUUUUAGUUUAUCUUCAUACGUUAGCAGUUUAGCAGUGCGUUUGUGUCUGUGCACUCCGUGACAAUUUAGCCAGAGGGGCCCAAACUCGGUCCUGGAGGGCCGGUGUCCAGUAGAGUUUAGCCCCAACUUGCCUCAACACACCUGCUGCCACGUGUGUAGUCAUGGAGACAGACGCGUCUCUCCUCGACGUUGAACUUGAGCAUAAACAGCAAGAAGAGCUUUACCAACAACUUCUGCUUCAGACCAUGGGAAAAGUGCAAAGCGAAAGUCCCCUCUCCAAAGUCAUCUGUCCACAACCAGGCAUGUGUGUGAAGACCUCCUCCGUGUCAGACAAAAAGAAGGUCUUUCUGAAUAUCUGUCAGUCCCAGGCGGUGCCGCCCCCUCCUCAUCUGUCCCAGCAAGCCCUCGUGGAUCUCCUGGAGUCAGAAGACCCGACGAGUUACAGAGUGCCCAUGAGUCUCGGCGAGCCGCAUACAGAAGUGGACAACAGCACACAAGGCUGUACUGUGUAUGAUGUCGUGAUCAACGAUGAGUUCUUCCAGAAAUGUCAGAAAGAUAGCCUGUUCCAGCAGUUUCUUAUCGCAGUGUCUUUGGAGGGACUGGAAAACAAAUACAACCUUGAGUUGAGCAGAGAUAUUAAGGUUUUGAAGAACAGGAAAUUCAUGGGCUCUAUAGCAGAACAAAACAUUCGUACCAAGAAUAAGCCAGUUAUCCAGGAAAUUGACUCAAAGCAGUCUGACUCCUUUCCUUCAUCAGCCAAACGUCCAGAGUUCAGUUUAUUAGUGGAGCCCCCAACUGGAAAUGCGGAACAUCUGAUCGCUGAGAUUCUGUUACCUGGAGUGAUAUCUGCUUGCUCUCUUGUUCUGGAUUUGGGAGAGGACAGACUAGUGCUGAAUGCUCGACCUUCUCUUUUCCACUUGGAUAUUUUCUUCCCCCUGCUUAUUGACCAAGAAAACAGUGCUGCCCAGUUCAACACAAAUACACAAGUGCUCACAGUGACCAUGCCAGUAUUGUCUUCAUAAAAACUGUUGCAAGGCUAUUAUUUCAUAAUAAACUUCAUUUAGUAUACAGA